GACGCGCUCGCAGCGUCACCGGUGUUUUCGAGCAGAGUCUCGACGCUGCGGCUGUCAGCUCCAUUUUGUUGUCGGAGCUCGUCGCGGGCGGCCACGUCUUCUCCGUGGUCGCGUUGCAAAUUUUGUCGCUUUCGGCUUGGGCUCUCUAGCCAAGACGAUGAGACACUCGAAAAGAACUUAUUGUCCUGAUUGGGAUGAAAAAGAUUGGGAUUGUGGAAAAUGGAGGAGCAGUAGCAGUCAUAAAAGAAGGAAGAGAUCACACAGCAGUGCCCGGGAGAACAAGCGCUGCAAAUAUAAUCACUCUAAAACAUCUGAUAGCUAUUAUUUGGAAAGCAGAUCCUUAAAUGAGAAAGAUUAUCACAGUCGACGCUACAUUGAUGAAUACAGAAAUGACUACAAUCAAGGAUGUGAACCUGUACAUCGCCAUAGAGACCAUGAAAGCAGAUAUCAGAAUCAUAGUAGCAAGUCCUCUGGUAGAAGUGGAAGAAGUAGUUAUAAAAGCAAACACAGGAUUCACCACAGUACUUCACGUCAUCAUUCACAUGGGAAGAGUCACCGAAGGAAAAGAACCAGGAGUGUAGAGGAUGAUGAGGAGGGUCACCUGAUCUGUCAGAGUGGAGACGUACUAAGUGCAAGAUAUGAAAUUGUUGAUACUUUAGGUGAAGGAGCUUUUGGAAAAGUCGUGGAGUGCAUUGAUCAUAAAGCGGGAGGUAGACAUGUAGCAGUAAAAAUAGUUAAAAAUGUGGAUAGAUAUUGUGAAGCUGCUCGCUCAGAAAUACAAGUUCUGGAACACUUAAAUACUACAGACCCCAGCAGUACAUUCCGCUGUGUCCAGAUGUUGGAGUGGUUUGAGCAUCAUGGUCACAUUUGCAUUGUGUUUGAACUGCUAGGACUUAGUACCUAUGAUUUCAUUAAAGAAAAUGGUUUUCUGCCAUUUCGACUGGACCAUAUUAGGAAGAUGGCAUAUCAGAUAUGCAAGUCUGUGAAUUUUCUGCACAGUAAUAAGUUGACUCACACAGACUUAAAGCCUGAAAACAUCUUAUUUGUGCAAUCUGAUUACACAGAGGCUUAUAAUCCCAAAAUGAAACGUGAUGAACGUACCUUAAUAAAUCCAGAUAUUAAAGUUGUAGAUUUUGGCAGUGCAACAUAUGAUGAUGAACAUCACAGUACCUUGGUCUCUACAAGACAUUAUAGGGCACCUGAAGUUAUUUUAGCCCUAGGAUGGUCCCAACCAUGUGAUGUCUGGAGUAUUGGAUGUAUUCUUAUAGAAUACUACCUUGGGUUUACAGUAUUUCCAACACAUGAUAGUAAGGAGCACUUAGCAAUGAUGGAAAGGAUUCUUGGACCUUUACCAAAACAUAUGAUACAGAAAACCAGGAAACGUAAAUAUUUCCAUCAUGACCGAUUGGACUGGGAUGAACAUAGUUCUGCUGGGAGAUAUGUUUCAAGGCGCUGUAAGCCUCUGAAGGAAUUUAUGCUUUCUCAAGAUGCUGAACAUGAGCUGCUCUUUGACCUCAUUGAGCAAAUGUUGGAAUAUGAUCCAGCUAAAAGGAUUACUCUCAAAGAAGCCUUAAAGCAUCCUUUCUUUUACCCUCUAAAAAAAACUAUAUAGAUGUAUAAUUGUACAGCUCUUGAAGAGAUCUUAUAGACUGUAUCAGUCUAGUUUUUAAGUAUUAAGUUAUUUUGUACAGCUUUUGUAAAUUUAACAUUUUUGUAUUGCCGUGUUUAUUUUGCUUAAAUCAUUUGAUUUGUUAAGUAAAUAGCUAAGUAAAGUAAUGAACGUUUUUCAGUAAUUAAUGUAUAAAAUGAUUUCUUCAGAAUAAAUUUUUUGUGUUUAUGAAAUUAA